AUGUGUUUGAGUCAGCUGCAGAUUUCAAGUGAUUUUAAAUCAGAACUUCUGAAGGCUCAUCAAGAUAGUGAAGCAUUACGUAAGGUAUUACCAGCAGUUGAACAAGGAAAACAUUGGAAAGUGUCAGAAGGUCAAGAUGGUCUGUGGAGGUUCAAGAACCGGAUUGUUGUGCCAGAUGUCAGAGACCUGCGACAAAAUAUCUUGAAGGAAGCUCAUAAGAGCGAAUUCUCAAUUCGCCCAGGAAGCACUAAAAUGUAUAAGGAUCUGAAGGCGAAGUUCUGGUGGCCAUGGAUGAAGAAUGAUGUGGCAAUGCAUGUUUCUAAAUGUUUAACGUGUCAGAAGAGAUCCUUGUUUUACAUCAAGAUUCUAGGGAACCUUUCAGCGGGCAUUUGGGACUCAGUUAAUUUUGGGUACUGCGUAUCACCUUCAGACAAAUGGUCAAUCAGAGAGAACUAUUCAGACCUUGGAGGAUAUGCUAAGGGCUUGUGUUUUGGGCCAGCCGACGAGCUGGGAUCGAUAAAGAAGAUUCGUAGUCGAAUGCUCAUAGCCCAAAGCCAUCAAAAGAGCUAUGCUGACUAA